UCGUCCGGCAACUUCAGCUUUGAUUGGGGUAUUUGGCCUAGUCAGGCCGCCGAACUAGCGCGACACAUUUCUCGGUCUUUCGUCCGUUUUAAAACUGCGGGUGAUCACGGAAACAAUAUAGCAGAACACAACGGCGUCCAGUGUGACCACCGAUCAGCCUAUCAGGCUACGAAUGAUGUGAUUUAUACGAUAACCUUAGUGGAGGUCUCAGAAUUGAUUCUUUUACUACCACGGCAUUCGGGUGUCGACCAACAGUGGCUGUUUUUUAGAUUAGUUCUAAAUCUUAUAUAUGGACCCAAAUACACCACACCAAGGGAAAAAGAGGAGUCCAACCCGCGACCACUUGCUAACGGGAUGAGUGGCCUGCCAAAUGAACUAUCGCAAGCGCAGUCUUACGUCAAACUUGUGCCCUUCAGUUACGCAAUCAAUCGACAUACUUCAACC